CUACUGGUUAUACUGUGCUACGCCCAUGUAUGUACAUACAUUUUCAUCCGGGCCCUAAACUCACCUGUGAAUUGAAUACGUGACAAAAUGUGCGUCGCACGUGGGAUAGAAUUCGUGUGGGAAAAUCCCGCGGAACAUCCCGAGUGUCUUCACGGACCAACAUUACUAUUUGGCAGAAAUGUCAAGGAUGGAGUGGAGAGAUUUUACGCUUGCUCCGCUUGUCGUGACAGAAAAUUAUGUAAAUUUUACCUAAAAUGUGGGCAGGAACUGUCCAAGUCUCAGAAGUCUAUGUGGGAGCUAGAAAAUAAGAAGUUUGCCAAGCGUCACGUUCAUCAAGAUUUAUAUAUUCGGUUUAACAAACUCAAGACAGCGCCCGUGGCGGACAGAUGCUAUUGCCAUAAUUGCGAGAGAUUGAUAUAUAAGUCUGAGAGAGACGAGCACACGGAUCACGAGAUCACAAAGAAUCUAACCGAUUAUCAGAUGUGUCACCCAACAGAGCUUUUAAAACCUUUAGAGAACGCAAAGCAGGAAGCGCAAUAUUUAUUUUCCAAGAAAUCUACGGAGGACAUAAUAAAUAUGCUUUUGAAACUUAAAGCUAAGCAGAUCAUUUGUAUCGGUGCACCAAGAAUACAUGAAUGUAUAAUCGAGCGUCACGCAAAUAAAAUAUCUUCCCUCCUUUUAGACUUCGAUGGUAGAUUUCAUAACUUUUUCGGACCGCUGGAUUAUUGCUGGUACAAUCUUUUCAAUCAUCAUUUUUUUCACAAUGAUGCCGUAGGUGUGUUCGAGGAUUUUCUUACUCAAAAUGAGGGGAAGGAUACUUACUUAAUAUGCGAUCCUCCGUUCGGUGGCCGAUUGGAGCCCAUUUCGUAUACUAUAAAAAGGAUAUCUGAUCUGCACAGAACGUUGAAUAAAUACGAUAACAAUGAUAAGUGUUCCCUGAAGAUCAUGUUUAUAUCUCCAUAUUUUAUGGAGCACAUAAUGAGAGAAAAGAGCACUCCGCCACAAGUGACUGGUGGCUUGAAAGAUUUAAAAAUGUCUGAUUAUAAAGUGAAUUAUGAUAAUCAUCCCUUAUUUGUAUCGGAAAAACAUGGUAGAAAGCAUGGUUCUCCAGUGAGAAUUUUUACGAAUAUACCGUUGAAUCUACUGCAGCUACCUUCAUCCGAUGGAUAUAAAUUUUGUCAGAAUUGUAAAAAAUGGGUUUCUAGCGAAAACAAACAUUGCAAGAUGUGCAAAGAAUGCACUUCCAAAGAUGGUCAAACGUACAAGCACUGCAACAUAUGCGGACGAUGUGUCAAGCCUACUUGGAGACAUUGUCAAACUUGCAAAAGAUGUAUGUUAAAGAAACAUACGUGUGGCACAAUACCGAAUGUCACAGGAAGAUGUUUUAACUGCGAUAAAUUAGGUCACACUAGAAAAGAAUGUCCUAAUUUACUCUCUACCGAAAUUCCAAGUGAGAUAGGUAUAAAGAAACGCAGAGCAAACUGUGAAUUGAAGAUGUCUUCAACUAAGAAAAGCAAAGUGCGACAUUCUAAGGAAGUUGUUAAACGGAAAACCGUCGUGAUAAGUAAAACGAAAGAAUCGGACCUAAGUGAGUCAUCGUCGUCACAUAAGACAGAGUCGAAUUAUAAAAAUACGUGUAUGUACAUGUAAGCACUGGCUGCUAGGCUCGAACUAAUUUUACUACUUGAUAAGGACCCAAAAAAUAGGGACAAAACGUUGUAUUAAACAAAUAAAGGAAUAUGCCAGUCGGGUUGACUAGUUCCCGUUUUAAGUUACAAUAGAUGUGUAACUAUAUGAAUACAAGAGAUGAGUGUUAAUUAUUAUACUUAUAUUAUUUAAAACUUUUGUAAAAGUUACUUUUAGCUUUUCUUUAUAUUAAAAAAGCUUCUGCAACCAUGAAUGGAAGAAUGGCAUCUUAUUAUACGUUUAUUCUCGCAUGGAGAUCGGAUUUCCAUAAUCUUUAGAGUGCUGAAUUGUGAAUGGAAAUAUUCCCGAAUACUCAGAAGGAAUGUUAAGUACGGAGAUUCAACGAUAUAAAUACCCAAGGCAGCCUUCUCGAGGUACAGUAGUAUCUUUCCGAUCUUCUGCGUAUCAUCUCGUGCGACAUCGCCAAAAUAUAGUCAGAAUGUUAAAGGAGUUCGUCAUUUUUGCAAGUUUGAUCUUUUUAAGUUAUGCUUGUUUGAUUACGAAUUGUCCUCGUGGCGGGAAGAGGGGUGAUAUCGCACCUUCUUUAGGAACUGUUGUACGGGAAGUACGUUAUAUUUUAUAUUACGUUUUAUUUUAUGGUAAAAUUCUUUUUAUUUUAACAGACAAUUUUAAGUUAAGACUCCUGAAACUUUUAGAUUUGCCCUGUUAAACGUGUAAUUAAAAUAAAUAAUUAAAAUUUA